AUGCCAGUAGUACAACAAUCAGCAGCACAAAAAAUUAUUGAUAAUGAAACAGCAGCUCUAAUAAAAGGUAGUAAAGAAACAGCAGAGGAAAUAAGAAAAAUUUUAGACAGAGCUGACGAAGACGAAGAUGAGUUAACUGUGAGAAGGGUUGAAUUUAGAAAGCAGUUAAAAGAAGAUUUGGAAGAACAAUUAUUUGCCAAAGAAAGCUACUCAAAUUCUUUGGUUGCGGUGAUUAAACAAGCCAGUCGCAAAGCCUUGACCGAAAGUUUAAAAAAAGCGAUUGGGGAGCGGAACCAAUUGGCCGAGAAAUUACAACAAGAGAAGUCUUUAAGGGGUAAACUAAAACACCAAAACCACAAUCUUUCGCAGCAAUUAAGCAGUAAGCAAAGAAGAAUAACCGACCUCCAAGACCAAUUAGCCAAGGGUAUUUCCCAAAGCAAUUUCCAACAAACUAUUAGUAAUUUACAAAGUAAUUUAGCCAAGGAACAAACUGCCCAUAACACCACUAAAACGCAAAAAGACGCUAUCAUUACCACUCUCACUAGGGAAAGAGAUAAUUUACAAUGA